GUCUGUUAAGUGUUAACUCAGUCAGCACUUCUCUGGUCUCCUCCCACAGUCGUUCUUCUUCCCACAGUCUCAAAGCUAAAACCGCUCCGCUGCCAUCUGUUCAUUUUUCAAACGCACUAUCCCAUUUCCCCCCAAACAAAAAUGGCUUCUUCGGCGCUAUCGCUCCCCCGUUCGUGGACUUGUUCUUCUCCCCAAUACCGCGAUGUCGCUUCUCUUCCACGCUCCCGCCGCGGUUCACUUGCCUUCCCCAACGGCUAUAACACAGAAUCCGCCUUCUUCGGCUCCAAACUCCCCACCAAAUCGCUUUCCUGCUCACCGGCGACACAUCGAUGUCGCGGCCGGGCUCUCCGAUUCAGCCCCGCCGCCUCUGCUUCUUUCCACACCUUCGACGUCGUCGUUAUAGGCGCCGGAAUCAUCGGAUUGACGAUCGCUCGACAGCUCUUGACUAGCUCCGAUCUCUCCGUCGCCGUCGUAGAUAAGGCUGUUCCGUGCUCCGGUGCUACCGGCGCAGGGCAGGGAUACCUAUGGAAGGUUCACCUUAAGCCUGAGGAUCAAACGUGGGAGCUCAUUACCAGAAGCCAUCAACUAUGGGAGACGUUUGCCGAGGGCGUGAUUGAUCAAGGCUUGAGUCCUGCCGAUGAGCUCGGCUGGAAGAGAACUGGAAGUUUGUUAGUUGGAAGAACUCCUGAGGAGUCAGAGAUGCUGAAAAGGAAGGUGAAGCAGCUCUCUGAAGCUGGGAUAAGAGCUCAGUACCUCUCUAGUCAGGAGCUGAGUCUUGAGGAGCCUGAACUGGUGGUGGGGCGGGACGGCGGGGCGGCUUUCUUACCAGAUGAUUGUCAACUGGAUGCUCAUCGUACCACUUCUUAUAUCCAGAAGGCUAAUAGAGAAUAUGCAUCAGAAGGGAGAUAUGCUGAAUUCUUUCAUGAGCAAGUGACAGGCUUACUGAGUUCUAGUGGAAGUAGAGAGUUCAAAGGUGUUCAGACUUCCAGCGGUACAUUGAUAAGUAAAAAGGCCAUUAUAGUUGCAGCUGGUUCUUGGACUGGCACUUUGAGCCGUGAGCUAUUUAAAGGAUCUGAUAUUGCGUUAAAUAUCCCUAUCAAGCCCAGGAAGGGACACUUGCUCGUGCUGGAGAACUUUGCUGAUCUAAAGUUGAAUCAUGGCACGAUGGAAGCUGGUUAUGUUGGCCACCAAGAUGCAGCUGCACAACAUGAAAAGUCAGAUAUAGAAUCACAGGAUCAUGAGAAUUCAUUGUUUGUGGCAAUGGGAGCCACUAUUGAUGUGAUGGGAAACCUUGUUCUUGGAAGCAGCCGCCAAUUUGCUGGGUUCAACACUGAAGUGGAAGAGUCUGUUAUAAAUUGUAUCUGGAAUAGGGCUGGGGAGUUCUUUCCAAAGUUGGCUGAAAGACCCCUGAGAAAUUUCACUGAGGACAGAAAAGUGAGAAUAGGAUUACGCCCUUACAUGCCUGAUGGGAAGCCAGUAAUCGGGCCAGUGCCAGAAAUGUCAAAUGUUUUCAUUGCUGCUGGGCAUGAAGGUGGUGGACUUUCCAUGGCUUUGGGCACUGCUGAACUGGUAGCUGACAUGGUCAUGGGCAGGACUGGAAUUGUUGAUUCUUCCAUAUAUGCUGUCGGAGGACGAUGUUGAUAAUAUACUGUGUGCCAAAUGUAUACCAGUGAGUCCUAGCAGAACAGUUGAUGGUAUAAGUGUGUACCAUUUGAAAUACUACUGAGGUUUAAACCUUUGAGCGAUAACGAACUAAAUUGUAUCGUGGUAG